CUUGACCACAGCUAAAGAGACGUGGACCUAUAAGUAAGCAGCUCGGAAACCGGCAAUCACCUCAUGUCGUGAAGUCUCUCGAGUCUUGCUAAAAGAAGUUAUCACUAUUAGCCUGAUCGAGUCACAACGUAUUUUACAGGAAAAUGACGAAUACCUUGUCGAUGAUUCUAGCCAUUUCCGGGGUGGCAUGUUUUUGGUUUGGAUCAGUCACAGCAUCGCCCGUCAUCAAGUAUGCGGUUAACCCUAUAAAUGAGAACAGGCCUUAUGAGCGGAGCAGCACAAAUUUUGUAGCUGGAAAGCCUCUGACUGAAGAACUAUUGAAAGGAGAUUUUUCCAACAUAGGAAAAGAAAUAAGGGACGAGUUCAUUCCGUGGGACAAACAAGACCCUACUCUUCACGAAGGUGACAUUAAGCUUUUUGGGGACAAAAAUGCUAUCUUGAGCACUAGCUACCGUUGGCAGAGUGCAAUUGUUCCUUAUGUAAUCUCAGCUGACUUUACACCUGACCAGCGUACCAUCAUCGCAUUCGGCAUGAGUACGUACCACAACAAUACGUGCAUCCGCUUCGUUCCUCGAACCUGUGAAACAAAUUACAUAAGAAUCUUCAAAAGUGGAGGAGGUUGCUGGAGUUACGUGGGCAUGAUAAACAAUGGCGCUCAAGAUGUAAGUCUCGAUGAUGGUUGCAUCGCUAGUUGGGCACCAGGGGUAGUCAUGCACGAACUAAUGCACGCCCUUGGAUUCUACCAUGAACACACACGCCCCGAUCGUGACACCUACGUGACGAUUAACUUUGCCAAUAUUAAGUCUCAAUACGCGCACAAUUUCGACAUCAAGUCUACUUCGCAGGUUACUACUCUAGGACUUGCUUAUGACUACGGUUCUGUAAUGCAUUACAACAAAUUUGCUUUUGCUAUUGACAACACCAUUGCAACCAUCACUCCCAUUAUUGGGAACCCAACCUUGGGGCAAAGAGCAGGAUUUAGUUCGCUGGACCUCCAAAAACUGAACGCAUUGUAUUGUUCCGCAUCUGGUUAGAAAGUUUAACGUAAGAAUAACUUUGCGUCGAUUUUAUUUCUCUUUUUAUUAUGUACCCCGUCUUAUACGUAAGCCCCAAAACACAUCUGUAAAACAGUUGUUUGCUUACUUGGUGAUUGAUUUUCACAUGUUUUAAUACAGCAGUUUGUUUGGCAUGAAAA